AUGGCCACUACCAACGAGCUUCCGGCUUCAGAAGUCAACAGCUAUGACUUUAUUAUUGUUGGAGGUGGUACUGCUGGGUGCGUGAUUGCRUCCCGACUAUCCGAAUACCUGCCCAACAAACGGGUGCUGCUGAUCGAAGGCGGCCCCUCUGAUUUCAUGGAUGAUCGGGUGCUUCUCCUCAAGGACUGGCUCAGCUUGUUGGGCGGCGAGCUCGAUUAUGAUUACCCCACCACUGAGCAACCACACGGAAACUCGCACAUUCGACACUCCCGUGCUAAGGUUUUGGGUGGCUGCUCUAGCCACAACACGCUUAUUAGCUUCCGUCCGUUUGAGUACGACUGUAAGAGAUGGGUGGCACAAGGCUGCAAAGGAUGGGACUUUAAGACCUUCACACGCCUGCUGGACAACCUUAGAAACACUGUUCAGCCGGUGCACGAAAGGCACCGCAACCAGCUCUGUCUUGACUGGGUCAACAGCGGGGCUGAGGCUCUCAACAUUCCAGUAACACAUGACUACAACAAGGAGAUCCGAUCAACAGGAGCCCUCCACCCAGGCAUUGGAUUCUUAUCCGUAUCUUACAACCCUGACGAUGGUCGACGAAGCAGCGCCAGUGUCGCUUAUAUCCACCCAAUCCUGCGCGGGGAAGAGCGACGACCCAACUUGACGAUCCUGACCAACGCUUGGGUGGGCAAGAUCAACUUGUCGGGUUCUAAAGUUACAGGUGUGAAUGUGACGCUAAAGGACGGUACCUCACACACCGUUACUGCCAAAGCGGAGACUAUUCUCAGUGCAGGUGCUGUAGAUACUCCUCGUUUGAUGAUGUUAUCCGGUCUGGGCCCAAAGCAACACUUGACAGACCUCGGAAUCACAGUUCACAAGGACUUGCCCGGUGUUGGUGAGAACCUGAUCGAUCACCCAGAGAGCAUCAUUCUCUGGGAGCUGAACAAGCCAGUCCCCGCCAACCAGACCGUCAUGGACUCCGACGCCGCUCUCUUCAUCCGAAGAGAGAAACCCAAUGCAGCAGGCGGUGACGGUGAAAUCAUUGACAUUAUGGCUCACUGCUACCAAGUGCCGUUCGUGUACAACACCGAGCGRCUUGGUUACGAUGUUCCAGUUGACGCCUUCUGCGUGACUCCAAACAUCCCUCGUCCUCGCUCUCGCGGUAAGCUCUACCUUGUGAGCAAGGACCCAAGCGUGARGCCAGCGCUCGACUUCCGCUACUUCUCCGACCCAGAGGGGUACGAUGCCGCCACUAUUGUUGAGGGUCUCAAGGCCGCUCGCGAGAUUGCCAAGCAAAAGCCUUUCGCAGACUGGAUCAAGCGUGAGAUCGCACCUGGUCCCGCAAUCACCAGCGAUGAAGAUCUCAGCGAGUAUGGUCGCCGUGUCGCCCACACCGUCUACCACCCUGCAGGCACUACUAAGAUGGGUGACAUUAAGACAAACCACAUGGCUGUUGUCGACCCGGAGCUUAGAAUCCGUGGUCUGCAGAAUGUUCGUAUCGCCGAUGCCGGUGUCUUCCCCGAGAUGCCUUCCAUCAACCCCAUGUUGACGGUUCUCGCCAUUGGUGAGCGUUGCGCCGAGAUGGUUGCUCAGACAUGGGGAUGGACUGGAGCAGAGCGUGCGAGGUUGUAG